AGUGUGCGUGUUUAAUGACGCCAGCACGGCACCUGUGCCAGUGCGCCUGCGCAGAAGAACAAGGAACAGGAAGAGUUGAUUAGCAAAACAAAGCUUCAGUUAUGUCUUUGUUGAACGGAUAACAAGUGUGGCUGCUCUCACUCCCAGCGUCAGCCAUGGCGUGCUGCACAUCCUCCCCCAGGCUGUGCUCCCGCUCCUCGGCCUACACUCUGGCCCUCGGCCUGGGCUUCGUGACCCUCGGGACCAGCCGCAUCCUGCUGCUCAAGUUCUCCGCCAAUGCUCAGAACAAGUAUGACUUCCUCCCUGCGUCCGUCAACCUGCUCGCAGAGCUGCUCAAGCUGCUGUUCUGCCUGGCGAUGUCCAUCAGGGUCAUAGUCCGAGAGGGACGGUCAUGCAGAGAGCUGGGCUGGUCCUCCAGCAGCUCAUUCCUUCACUCCCUGAAGUGGGCCAUCCCUGCUUUCCUCUACUUCCUCGACAACCUCAUCAUCUUCUACGUGAUGACAUACCUGCAGCCUGCCAUGGCGGUGUUGUUCUCCAACGUUGUCAUCCUGACCACAGCUGUGCUUUUCAGAAUUGUUCUUAAGAGGCGUCUGUCCUGGGUUCAGUGGGCAGCCUUAGUCAUCCUCUUCCUCUCCAUUGUGUCCUUAACGAUGGGAUCGGGACGCAGCCAGAACGCCAUCGCUGUGCCUGGUCUCCACUCCACCUCCCUCUCCAAGCCCUCCAACAGCUGCUUACUGUACACACAGCUGCUGGAGCAGAUGAGGAACAGCAGUGCCAGUGGAUCUUGGGAGUCGUCGCUCCCCGGUCAGGCCUGGAGGGACCGGGUUGUGGAGAAGCUUCAGACCCUGGGUGUGGGUCACAUCCUGCUCCUCCUCCAGUGCUUCAUCUCCGCCAUGGCCAACAUCUACAACGAGAAGAUCCUGAAAGAAGGAGACCAGAUCACAGAGAGCAUCUUCAUCCAGAACAGUAAACUGUACGCCUUCGGUGUGGUGUUCAACGCGCUGACCCUCGGGCUCGGCAGUGAAGCACGAGGACUCACGGUGCACUGUGGCCUCCUGCACGGACAUAACGUCUUCUCCCUGGGGCUGGUGCUCGUCACCGCCGCCCUGGGUUUAUCUGUGGCCUUCAUCCUGAAGUUCAGAGACAACAUGUUCCACGUCCUGACGGGCCAGAUCACCACCGUCCUGGUCACCGCGCUCUCCCUCUUCCUCUUCGACUUCCGGCCCUCGCUGGACUUCUUCCUGCAGGCUCCCAUGGUCCUGCUGGCCAUCUUCAUCUACAACGCCAGCCGGCCCAAAGACCUGGAGUACAGCCUGGUGCAGGAGAAGCUGCGAGUCGUCAACGGGGAGGUGUUUGAGAGGUCCAGAGGGGACGGCGAGGAGCUGGAGCUGCUGACGAAGCCCAACACGGACAGCGACUCUGACGAGGAGUCUCUGUAGUUGCCUCUCAUUGGACAGAAGACUUUGUGAACCUGUUCUCCUGAACAAAGCACAGCUGCGUUACGUUGACUGCCUGCAGGUAAACUGCGUCUGACGCUGCGGAUCGGUUCUGUGAUGACCACUCGUGAUUUUUAAGGCUUGUGUGUAUAUUUUGAAACGUGCCUGUCUGUGAAUAAGUGCUUUCAUUGAAGGGGAGUUUGACGUUUUGAACCGAAGUGCUACUUUUACAUAUUUUGGGGCCUGUAUCACAGAAGAGAACACAACGUUUGGGUGUUGCUCCUGUGGUUUGCUUCAGCUGGAAGUUCCUUAGCAGUUUGUCGCUGCUGCAGAAUAAUCCCUACAUACCAGCUGACCAAUCAGAGCUCAUCCUGAGUAUAACGGUCCUGUCUUUGAGACUUUAAGUUUGCAAGCUUGCACAUGAGAUGCACAAGUUCUUUUAUGUUGUGUUAUUUAAAUGAUGCUUCAAAACAAUCCUUCCAGUCGUUCUCUCAGAACAAACUCCAGAGUCUUAUUUUGCCACCUGAAGCGACCCUUGGAGCAAUCCCAAACCUGGACCCACCAGCCAAUUAGACCCCAAACCAUGUUACCACAGGGCCAGACUUCAGAACUCCCCCCCCUGGUGUCGUGGAGGAGACGCUGUAUUUGCUGUUUGGGAUCAUGAAUGGUUUCUUUUAUUGAGAGUUUACUUCUUCUGAUGAUUCCUGCUGUGUGUGCAGAGAUUUGACCAGCAUCCACUUUUGAGUCAGGGUUUAGGAUUGUAUAAAUAAAUGUGCAAUAUUUGGAGUUAUUGUUAAACCGUGUGAGGUGUUCAGUCAGUUGAUGGUUCAUUUUAAAACUAGGGCUGGGCGAUUACUCCAAACCGGCAUCCAGACCCUGUUAAUGUUGGUUAUAUUUUAACCCUGUGCAAUAUUUCAUCUUUGUGUUGCCUUCAGUAUUUUAAAACCACAAAGGUAAGAUGUGUACUGAGCCCCUCAAGUGACAUGGGCAGAAUUAAAACAUUUGAUAUGUUCCUGUGCAAACCAGAAGCUAACCCGUGCUCAUGUGAAAAACUUCUUGAGAUCACAAUAUGUUAUUGCGUACUCGUGUGAAAGUUUCCCAUGCUCACAACAAAGUUUCCCAUGUGCACAAGUCACCAAGUGUGCACUGGAGAUCAACCAGUGCAUCACUGUCUUCCAGUUUGGAUCUAAAAAUGACCGUACAGCAAUUAAUUGAGCUUUACUUCAACCUUGGGCUUCAUUCAGGGUGUAAAAUUAACACCCGGCAAUGGCAGGUAAAGAAUUAACAAAAACACACACACCUGCCAGUGGCUGAUGGAACAUUUUUUUUUUUUUAACUUAAUUUUUAUUCAUUUCUCUCAUCAACAAUACAAUGUGAAAAAUGUCUUUUUUUUUUUUCUUUUUCCAGCUGUAUAGUUCCAUUCAGACAUUAUGAUAGAAUCAGAUAACACAAAUACAAUAAAGCAAAAUGUCCACUCCAGAGAAUAAACAUACAAACAAUAUUACACACAUACAUACAAGUAUGAGAAUAAAUGUUCAUAUGAGUAAAGGAGAAAUGAAAAUCCUAAUUAAAUAUUGUAAUCAUGAAGAAAUAAAUUCUAAUCCACUCAGAUAUAUCACGUGUCAAAGUACAGGUGUGAAGUUGAAACCAGGAGAAAGUAAUGCAUGAUCUUGGUCUGCCCCUAAAUUAAACAUCACUCUCUAUUGCAUUAGUAAAGCCAGCACAGGUCUCCACCUUGUUGUAAAAGUUUCUCUUUGGAGUCUUAAUUGGUAUGUAAUUUGUUCCAUUUGAUAAAUGUCCCAAACCUUCUGGAUCCAUGUAUUGUAAGUGGGAGGGUCUGGUUUCAACCAGCGUAUGGUGAUGCACUUCAGGGUCGCUGUAGACAGGAUAUUAAACAAGAACUUUUUGGCCCUCCCAUUCAGGCCAACUGGCAUCACUCUGAGUAUUGCCAACAAGGGGUCUUGAGGAAUGUCCUUUUGGAAGACCUCUUUCAGUGCAUCAAAUACUUGCCAAUGGAACAUUUUGUAUUGCAUGUGAGGUUUUGUUUUCAUCCUUUCGCCCAUUCCUGCUGAUUGUCAGGCUGUUUUGACCCUCGCGGCGCACUGUACUUGUGUUGUGAUUUGGUACGCCGGGAACGGCGUGACGUCAGCUACAUGAGUUCUUUUCAUUCCCUUUGCUUGAAGAAACACGGCAGGAAGAGCGUUUCAAGGAAGAUGUGGCGACCAUAGACUGGAAAUAAAAAUGGACAGCGUUGCUCCGCCUCUUCCCGUUGUACGGUUCUGAAGCCAAAAAAUCCCUCUCCUGGGCGCCGCCAUUGUGCAGCCAGAGCCUGUGAAGCCACUGUAAUAAGCUCCGCCUACAGCGUAACGUCACAAGACGCUGUGUGUCCUUCACUCUGCGGCGGCUGUGAAUCAAACAGGAAGUAAAACCCCGUUUUUUAAACUCUAAUAACCAACGAAGAAGAAACUUUUCAGGAAAAAGAGGCCUUGGACACAAAACAGUCAAAUACUAACUACAUAUCACCACAGCAUACGGAUGAGAGGAACAUUCGUACCAUGUGUAUUUAUUUUUUAAAGUUUGACUGCGACAGAUUUUUUGACCUAUACUGCAGCCAGCCACCAGGGGGCAGACACUCUGCUGACAGCUUCACCACCAGGGGUGCAUCCGGCUUCCUUGGUGGCGACACAUUCCCGGUGUGAAGCCGCCACAAACAAAAAGGAUAAACAAAGAGGCAGGAGACGAUCAGACAGCUAAACAGAGUAAUAUCACUAUAAUCCAUGUUUUACAGAAAACUGGAAAACUGACGAGGCUGGCCGACCUCGAUCCUGGCUGACUCACGACCUGACAAACCACACGAAGGAAAACCCAUUCGUUGUUGGCACAAUGAACAUAUAAUCAGGGAGUAUUAGGGACCAUGAAAAGUCAAAAUGCCACAGUGACAGCUUAAAAACCUCACAGCCUGUGAGCUCAACCCAGGUCAUCAAGUCAGUGACAGCUGCCUGUAUUCUUUAAGUGAUGCUUAAGUUGGAUUUUCAUAAUAAAACGUAUGUUAAUUAUUUUAAAUCAAAUAAGACAUGAUUUUUUUUAUUUGGCGGGUACAUUUCUGGAGGUCACUAGCCAAUGGCAGAUGAGGUAAAAAGUUAAUUUUACUCCCUGGCUUCAUUAUAAGGAUAUCAUGGCUUUGCUUUAUUGUCUCAGAACGGCUCCUAAAACUUACAUUCUGCCUCACUGUGUUUUGCCAGUUUAUUUCACCUGCGCAGGAAAUACUUUUUCAUACUCACAGGAAAUGAUCACGUGCUCAUGAGAAAGUUUCUUGUGCGAACACAAUAAUAUUUCGUGAUUUCAAGAAACUGCACGGUGGUGCAGUGGGUAGCUCUGUUGCCUCAUAGCUAGAAGGUUACUGGUUCGAAUCCCCGGUUGGGCAGGUGCCUUUCUGUGUGGAGUUUGUAUGUUCUCCUUGUGCAUGCGUGGGUUUCUCUCCUGGCACUCCUGCUUCCUCCCACAGUCCAAAAACAUGCUCACCAGGUUAAUUGAUCACUCUAAAUUGCCCGUGGGUGUGAGUGUGUGCGUGUGUGUGUCUGUGUUAGCCCUGUGAUAGGUUGGCGACCUGUCCAGGGUGUACCCUGCCUUCCACCUGAAGCCAGCUGGGAUAGGCUCCAGCUCCCCGUGACCCCUAACAGGAUAAGUGGUCAAGAUAAUGGAUGGAUGGAUGGAUCUCAAGGAAUUUCCUCUAGAGCACAGGAUAGUUUCUGUUGUGCAUGAGGACAUAUCUAAUUAUUUUUCCUGCCUAUGUCCCUUCAGGGGCUCCGUAGAUGUCCACUCUUUCAUUCAGCAAAUGAUCCCUGCUUAAUUUAUGGUGCAAACCUCAUCGAUGAACCACAAGGGCAAAAAUCAACAACAAAAUCCACCUUAAUGAAUCAUAAUUUAGGUCUUAAUUUGAGGCCGUAUCGCCCAGCUCUAGUUUAACCCAUGCAGGGAUCUUUUGCAACACAGCACAAAUGCACAAACUCUUAAAAAUAGCCGUGUAAUUGUAAAUUGUAGACGCACAAACCGCUGCUGUUACAGUGUGAGGGCUUUCAGUGUGUGUGACAUGAACAUGAAGCGUGACGCAGAGGAACGUAGGGACUCUCCUGAAAGCACAACAAGCUGGAUCCUGGUUCUCACUGCGCCUUGAAUGUUCAUCAAUCAGUAACUGUUUCAUGUGCUCAGACUGUGAAAUACUUACAUACAAUACUUGGAGAAUUCCUAUUAGUGCCAUGAAGUUGUAACACGUAUGAAUGCGUCUUGUUCUGAAAUAAACUGCAAAUAAAGUGCUUUAAAUUUG